AUGGAUGAGUCUAUGGAGCCCGGCCCAUCGCGCUGUGACCCAAACAUUGAUCUUCCAUCUAUCGACGUGCCGCCAGAAAAUGUAAGAUUUCUCUUUUUUUUUGAGCUCUUUAGUGGUACGUUGAACGAUAGAUAUUGUGUGGAACAUCCUAGCGGACGUUGUAAAAAAGAAAUCUGGAAAUUUGACAAUAGAAAAAGGGCAUUUGUCAAGAGAUUAUUGCAUCAUUUUGCAGGAAUGGAAGGAGAAACGCAAGAAAUCACUGGAGAAGGCACGAAACAAGCUGAAACGGGUAAAGCAGAGGAAGAUAAAGUUAGCAGAGAUCGGCAGGAACGUCUGGUUGAAUAAAAUGCAUGAAUCCAUGGAGCCCGGCACAUCUAGCAAUGACCCAAACAUUGAUCUUCCAUCUACCGACGUACCUCCAGAAAAUGUAAGAUUUCUCUUUUUUUUGGGCUCUUUAGUGGUACGUUGAGGGAUGGAUAUUGUGUGGAACAUCCUAGCGGACGUUGUAAAAAAGAAAUCUCGAAAUUUGACAAUAGAAAAGGGCACUUGUCAAUAGAUUAUUGCAUCAUUUUGCAGGAAAGGAUGGAGAACCUCAAGAAAUCACUGGAGAAGGCACGAAACAAGCUGAAACGGAUAAAGCAGAGGAAGAUAAAGUUAGCUGAGAUGUGCAGGAACCUCGCAAGACAAGCAAGACCAACCGAAUCCCCAACUCCUCCAGUUUUUCCCCAGUCGUCUGAAGUUGAAGUCCUCAAGAAUCAACUUGUUCAACUUACGCAGGAAAUGACGCAGUUGCGUCUGCGGAACAGCGAGUUGGAAAAGAAGUUGGAGAAGGCUGAAAGGGCGUUGGCCUUGAGCUCGCCCAGGAAGAGGAAGAAGAUAGACGAGCUAGGCGUGAAACAGAGGGCUGAAAGAAUCGCCAGAUUGGAAAAGAACAUCGGAGAAUCCAUGGAGAUACGACCGGAGACCCCUGAAAGUGACGUCGAGGUGGCACUCUUCAUAAAGAAUGCCUACCGGUUGACCGAAUUUCAGUACAAGGGGCUACAGAAGUUCGCGGUCAACUGGUCUCCCCUUCACCACGUCAAGCAACGGGAGAAGGAUCUCAUAGAGGCAGCCGGCGGAUUGGACACCACGGAAGCUUCGGUGGGAUGGACAAAUCCGUCCAUGGCAUUUGGACUUUAUGUUCAACGUCUGGUGGAGACGGCCUGGUCGACCAGGAUGCCGGACGCGGUGGAUGUUGUGAUCGUGGCCGAUGGUGGUGGAGAUGGAGCAGCCAACUUGGUCAAGAUGGGUCUGUUCAUACCCACUGGAGUCCCAGCUCCUCAGAGCCCCUUCAAUGUGCUUCUGCUGAGCGCGUACACGGGUAAGGAAAGUCGGGAGAACCUGAUCACAUUCUGUGAGAAAGGCCUCGACUUCUUGAACCGGUUGUGCAAGGACAAGAAGUUUGAGGUUGCCGGCCGCCAAAUUGCAUGCCGGGUCUUGCUUUGCAGUGAUUUGAAGGUGGUACCUCUCAUCCUGGGUAUAAAGGCGGCUGGAGCAACCCAAUUCUGUCCCAACUGUACCGUGGAGCGUGCAGAGCACAAGAGGGCGAUGACGACGGACGCUGGGAAGAGGACUUACAGAGAUCCUCUGAUAAGUCUUCUGCAGGAAGAUGUAGUGUGUCCCCCACUACAUUGCCUCCAGGGGUUGACGAACUCUUUGGCAGAGGAGAUGAAGAAGGACAACCCGGAUGAAUGGAAGGCCGUGUGCGAUGACCUCAACAUCGCACCCUCCCAUCUCUCCAAAUCGAUGCUGAACGGCAGAGAUGGGAGAAGGCUGGUGAAGAGCUUAGCUGAAAAUGGCAACCCACAAUUUGCCAUUUUCAGCGACGUGUUUUCAUCUCUGGACAGGAUUUAUGAAUGGGCCUCAGUUGAUGUCCAUGGUCAAGAUGACCUCACGAAGGCUUGCAUUGAACGGGACAUUCUUCUGCUGUCAAACGCGUGGAGACACAGUGGACUUCGUGCGAUCAACAAGUUGCACCUCCUUGAAGCCCACGUUGCCGACUUCGUCACAUCCCAUGGUUCGUGGGGGCUCUACGGAGAACAAGGCCUGGAAAGCUUGCACCACGUUGGCAACAUCGCCUCAGCUCGAUGUUUCGGAAAGAAUUCCGACGUCAAGGCCAAGUUCUUCUUCAAAUCCCAAUUUUUUUCUAUGCUUUCCCGCCGUUUUCACACAUAA